GAAUAAAAAUACCCAGAAAGAAUCUACAGAUACAGCCAAUACAGUACUAGGAAUGGUUGGAAUGAGAAGCCAUUUUUCUGAUACCAAGAGCAGGAAUUUCCAUAAACUUAAAGGAAGAGCACAUGAAACAAACCAAACAGAAAUUGCAGUUUGUCAACAUAGAAAAGAAAGCUUUGGGGAAUCUUCAGAUUUGAUUGAGAGUUGAGAAAGUAAAGAAAACAAUAAAGAUUCUCAAUCAUUGUCCAAAAGAAACCUUAGAAAUAGGCAUAGGAGAGACCCUAGCGAAGAAGAUAAAUAAUACACAAAAAUUUGAGAUAUCACAGAAAUAUCAGGAUAAGCUUAAUUCUGAUAAUUUUAUCAAUUAUCCUUUCCUUGAAGAAGUAGAUGAAAAAGUAUAUAAUGCUCCCAAAUUUAGACAAAUAGAAAAACUUCAUUCUAGGAAAAUCUUUUUAAGCUAUCAAGCUUGAUUCAUAGAGAAAAUAACAUCUAAUUUGACUGGAGUGACUGAAAAAUAGAAGCUUGAUUCAUCUUCCAAUUCCUAAAUGAUGAGGAAACAUGCAACUAUCAAUAAUCAGAAACAGAUCAGGCUUAAACAGAUUUCACCCAAAAUAUGUCUUAGUAAUUACAAUACAACAAGGAAAUGGAAACAGUAUGGAGCGAGAAAUAUUGGUUGGCAAGAAACGAAGCGGGAACAAAACUUCAAACUAUCGGAUUUCCUUUGAUACUAAAUCUGCAAAAGAAAAAGGAAACAAAUAUAUUGGAAAAGUUAGAGCGGUAGAUUCCUAAAAAGAACAAAUAUUUUGUCUUUGACGAUGGUAAAUAACCCAAAACAAUGAGAUCAUAAAUCAAGAUGGAGAUCCACUAUCAUGGGAAUCUGUUUCAACACAGAGAAAAUGAAAGGUAUAGGAAACGUAAGAAGAACUCAAGUAAAUAUGCACAAAAUAAAGAAUAAUGAGUGGGAUCCAUGAAACCCGUAUAACGAUCGACUAAAGUACUCUGAAGCGAAUGGGAUCUUUAAAGAUAAGACCGCUAUAAUUUUAGAGGACAAAUAAGCCCACAUGGUCGAAUGAUAAAGGAAGAUAUGUCCAAAACUUUCAUGGACGAUGAAACAAAGCUUCAAUAAAAUAAUACACAAUUAAUACCAAAACAAUAUAAUCUCAAACCUACAGAACUUGAUGACGAUGAAGGAACUGAAUUGUUUCAGUUUGGAAAGUGGGGCGACAAUGAAUUCACGGUUGAUUUUCAUUACCCAAUGUCUAUUCUACAAGCAUUUGC